AUGUUGUACGGCAGGUCUGGGGGUCAUUGGCUGCAGGGGGUUUUGGGUUUGCUGGGUACGGUCGCUCUGAUGGUGUCGGUCCUCACCUCUCAGUGGUACAAUGGUAAAGGAUUGUGGGACGAAGUGGCAGAUAAAGCAAAAGCCACCAAUCAGACUUCACUUCUACAACACAACCGAGUUCAUGGAGCUCAGAGGUUCUUCGCUGGAUUAUCCUUCAUCAUGGCUGCUGCUGGCUCCUGCAUCUGCUUGGUAUACUUGUUUUGUCUGAGACCCCCAAGACACCCCCAUCACACCCUCCGGAUGCCCAAUCCAGGAAGCCUCCUUCUGGCCGUGCUUCCUUCGACGGGAUUCUUCUUCUCUGUGGCCUGGACCAUCUUCACCUGGCAGCACCGGGAGGUGAUAACGGCUAACUGGACUAGAUUGGGUUUCUCCUACUGGCUGGGGGGUUUAGCAUGGACCUCACUGCUUCUCCUUCUUCCCAUCCUAUACCUGGUGGAGGAAUGUGCCAUCAGGGCGAGCCACAAACCACUGCUGGUCUGA